AUGAAGCUAGAGAUACAAGCACUUGAAGACAAUAACACCUGGGAGAUAGUCGAUUUACCUCCUGUUAAAAAUGCUAUUGGUUCAAAAUGGGUGUAUAAAAUUAAGUACAAAGCAAAUGGGGAGGUUGAGAGGUUCAAGGUAAGAUUGGUUGCUAAAGGAGAUCUGGAAGAAGAAGUAUAUAUGAAGAUGCCUGAAGGCUUUCAACAGAAAGGACAAUAUAAGAAACCAGAAGGGAUGGUGAUAGUAUUAAUUUAUGUGGAUGAUUUGCUCAUUACUGGAGACAGUGAAAGGAUGAUUUCUGAGGAAAAAGAGGUGCUACACAGACAGUUUAAGAUCAAGGACCUGGGAGAGCUUAAAUAUUUUCUUGGGAUUGAAGUUUUAAGACCAAAACAAGGGGUUCUACUGAACCAAAGGAAGUACAUCCUAGAGUUAAUCUCUGAGAUUGGUCUUGCAGGUGCAAAGCCAGUUCUUACACUUCUGGAGUCUAAUAUCAAGCUAGCUUUGGUGGAAUAUGAUAAAGUUGGAGGUAUUUCUGGAGAUAUGGUCGUACAGGAUGCAACUUUAUACCAGAGACUAGUUGGGAAACUUAUGUAUGCAACUAUUACCAGACCAGAUAUUAGUUAUGAUGUUCAAACACUGAGUCAGUUUAUGCAAAUGCCCAAAAGAUCCCAUCUGGAAGUUACAUAUAGAGUGGUCAGAUAUCUGAAAGGCUUAGUUGGUCAAGGAGUCUGGUUGAGACCUCAGACUAAUACAGACUUGGUGUGUUGGUGUGACUUAGACUGGGCAACCUGUCCCAAUACUAGAAGGUCUGUCACCGGCUAUGUAGUACAAUUUGGUGGAUCCUUGAUAUCCUGGAAGUCAAAGAAACAGUACACAGUGUCUAGGAGCUCAACUGAGGCCGAGUAUAGAAGCAUGGCCUCAGCUGUUGCAGAUCUCACUUAG